AUGACCAUGAUCACACGGUUACUCUUGUUCAUGUUUGUGUUCAGUUUUGGAGGAAGCAUUCCUAUUAAAGAAAAAGCUACAAUAUUGAAGACUGACGUCAUUCACUUAUCUACUGGCCUUGUUUUCAGAAAUUCUCCAGCAAUAACUUUUGUAGAGAUUUAUGCGCUUGGGAGGAAUUUUACUCUAAACUUGCGGAAAUCAAAUAUUAUCCAUGAGAAUUUCAGAAUCACUGAAAUAUUUGGCUCUGAAAAAGAGCCAUCAAUUGAACGAGAAGUUAAAGUUAACCUUGAUGACCUAAAGGACAACAUUUAUGUCGACAGCUCUACCCGUUGUGUAGUAUACUACAAACGAAAUGGAAACUCUAUUUUUAUGGAAGGGCUUUUGGCAGAAAAUGUUAUAAUUACUCCUCUCACACCCGAAUUCAAUGAUUAUGACCAGGUAAACUUUCCUUUAUCGUCUGGAGACUCCAUUAUAGACUACAUUGAAGGAAUUCCUCACGCCGUAGUUCUUUCUGCUCCAAAAAAAUAUCUGAUAGAUGAUUACGUUAUUCCUGAGGUUACGAAAACAGAUGAUUUACGAGAAAAUUUUACGUCGAAUGUACUUUACAGUGUAGACGAAAGUGUUUUGAAAGAAAACUUUGAAUUUGAUGAACACUCCAGAAACGCUGAUAAACUGCAAUCUAUUGCUGCUGAAACUAACGAACUGAAUCAUAUUCCAGAGAUUCUUCACCCAGAGGUCCUUGUUAUAAUGGACUAUGCUCACUGGAAAGGCUUCGAGGAUGUUUCUGUAGCAGCACUGACGCGUUACAUAACUAUAUUUUGGAAUGUGUCUUCUAAAUUGCAACCUUACAUAGAGGACCACAGGACAAAACUUGGUUUCGUUGAUGGAAAAAAAGUUGUGAAGUCCAUUAACAAAUACGCCGUGAAAUGGAACAGCAGUAGAGAGUACGAUUUAGGUAUUCUUAUGACUGGAGAAGAUUUGUCAAAAGAAGAUGGAUCGAAGGAUUAUUGGGGACUUGCUGGAGUUUCUUUUAUUGGCGGUGCUUGUACGCAAAAUAUGAAAAUUGGGGUCGCCGAAGAUGAACCUGGGACGUACAGUGGAGUUGAAAUUGUUGCUCACGAAAUAGGACACUUACUCGGUGUUGUUCAUGAUGGUGAAGAUAUGUUGGAUUUCCUUGGAGGUCCUGGAGCAUCAUCCUGCUCAGCGAGUGAUGGAUAUCUGAUGGCGCCUGUAUUUGGUGGAUAUAACGAUUAUAAGUGGUCCACAUGUAGCAUUAAACAACUUCGACACUUCUUCAGUUUAGGAAGGUCAAAGUGCUUACGUGUGGAUAAGUUAAGAAAUGACACUCUUCUGUCAGCACCAGAACAGAAUAUUACACCAACAGAUAUGUGUCGUGAGCUGUAUCCUCAGAAUCGAGAAAACGAAGUCCAAGCCGUUAUUUUAUUAGAUAAUCACAUUAAUUCUGAGCUUGUUAAGAAAGUUUUAAAGAAUAAGUCUACUAAGCGAGAUAAUAUUUUGCUAAGUGUUUUGAAGGAGUUUAAGGAUUGGAUAUGUGAGCUACAUGCUACUAUUGUUUGCAAGUCCUUGAAGCAGGUGCCAGGUGAUUGGAAGUUAGCUAAUGUUACUCCUCUUUGCAAAGGAGAACAAGAAAAAGUGCCUCCUCGUCCCUCAGAAUAA